GUCCAAGUGGGAGCUCAGCCUGAUCCAGGAGAGGCAUCUCAGGAGCAGGUGGAGGAGCAGCUAGUAUCCUGGAGCCAGGAGCUGCCGGACCACAGCUCCCAGGUGACGGUGCUGGACAUGCCAGCUAGCACCAGCCCGUGCCUGGUGGAGGAGACAAUUCCUGACCAGGGAGUUUCCUCCAUCUCCAGGAAACUGAUCCCAUGCAGCCACCAACUACCAGCAGGGCCUCUGUACCAGCAGCAAAGUGGCCGGCACUGGCUGGGGCUGCUGCACUGGCAGGCACUCAGGGGGGUUCCUGGGCACGAGGCUGAUGGCUCGGUCUUGGCCACAGGGCACAAGAAGGAGCUGUGGGAGCUGUACCAGCUGGGCCCACAGCUAGGGAGCAGUGGCUUCGGCACCGUUUUCUCGGGGACCUGCCUCUCAGACGGGAGCCCAGUAACGGGCUGGGAUGGCCGGGCGUGGCAGGAGGGCUGGGGGCGGCACGGGGCAAGUCUCAAGCCCCCCUCUCUCCACGGCUUGCAGGUGGCCAUCAAGCACGUGGCUUGGGACAUGGUCCUGCAGUGGGACGAGCUGCCUGACGGCACCCGUGUUCCCAUGGAGAUUGUGCUGAUGGAGAAGGUGGGCUUCGGCUGCCGCAGAAUCAUCCAGCUCCUUGACUGGCUCGAGCUGCCUGACAUCUUCGUGCUGGUGAUGGACAUCUGGGAGCUCUUGCAUGUCCUGCUGGAGCAAGAGUUCCUGAGCGAGGAGGCGGCAUGUUGGCUUUUCUGGCAGGUGCUGGAGGCCGUGUGGCACUGCACCGCCUGCAGCGUCCUGCACUGGGACAUCAAGCCAGAGAACCUCCUUGUGAACCUGGAGACUGGCAAACUAAAGCUCAUCGACUUCAGUCGUGGCACCUUCCUCCAGACCUGCACACAGUUUGCAGGUGAGCCCAGAGCGCAGGCCCUGCUCCCAGUGCCAGGCACUGCACGGCCCCAUUCCCUCCUGGGCCGCAGGGUAAGGCAUUCAGCUGGCUGCCGGCUGCCCUGUGGCACAGGCAGGUGCUGUGCCCCAGGAGCCGGCUGCCAGCCCUGCUGACAGAAAGGGGCUGCAAAAGCCAGGCCCCGGCUCCUCGGCUUGGCAGGCCCGCAAGGCCUUGGGCUGCUCCGCUGGCCUUGUCAGCCUUGCAGAAUGGUUUCUUGGACUUGGCCCAUUGUCAGGGUGAGGCAGGCAGGCCUUGGGGGGAAGUUGUGGACAUGGCUGCAGCCCCUGCCUCUGGCAGGAGGCUGGUGCCAGGCUCUGGAAGGCAGCAGCCUGCACCUGAGCAGCGCUGCCCAUCUCCCCAUGGAACAUGCACGUAGUGCCCGCCUGAGUGGAUCAGCCUUCACUGCUACCAUGGCGAUGGGGCGACUGUCUGGUCCCUGGGCGUGCUGCUGUUUGAGAUGGUGUUUCUUGCCCUUUGAGAACGAGCGUGACAUCGUGCUGGGGCAGCUCUUCUUCCCGCAGGAGGUCUCUCCAGGUUGGUAUGCAGCCUGAAGAAGGCAGG